AUGGAACUUGAACAAAGAGCUAACAUAUUAAAAAAAAUUUCCUUUCAUUUGCUUAACCUCAGCAGUUCAUUCGAAGUUAGUCCGAACGCAAAUCAAAUAGAUUUACCUUUUCGUCAAAAUCUUUUUGUACGCUAUGGCUAUAAUUCAAAACUUUUUACUAAUCAAUCUCAUUUUAUUGAUCUUUUUCGCGAACAUUUGUCAAAAAAAGAAUUUUCAACUGAAGUAGAUUCAAUACCUGUUUUAGAAGAAUGUCAAAACCAAGAAAAUGCUUAUUUAAGAUCCGCACUAAAAAGCCAGUAUGUCGAAGCGGUCAAUAAAGCGCGAAACCUAGUAACAAUUCAGUGUCAUAAACACAAAAUUACCGUAUUGCAACAUUAUUUCCUCAUCCCGUCUGGAGAUAAACACCACAUUCAAAGGAUAUUGGUUCAAAUUGAUAAAUCUUUUGAAUCACUACUAUCUGAAAAUAUCAUUGGCUAUCAGAACGCUAUUCGUUUUCAAUUCACCGAAUUAUUACUUGUACAACGUCCCGUAAAAUCACCAUUAACUGCCACUGGUCGUUUCACUUUUGAAACCACACAAAUAUUAGAAGAAUAUUUUGUAGAGAAGAGUGCUCGAUUAAAUAAAGAUCAAAAAUGUGAAUUAAGCACUCAGACUGGGCUUACGGUAAAACAAAUAGAAACUUGGUUUAAUAAUCGAAGAAGUCGUUCACCUAAAGAUCCAAACUGCGAUGAAGACACUAUGAUAUUUCUCAAUAAAAAAAUCGACUGGGAGGAAAAGUUCUCUAAUAUUGAAAAGGGAAUAAUGGACUCUGAUUGGAAAUAUCUAGAUGAUAACACUUCAAUUACACACACCGAUACUUCGAUCAAAUAUAUUAUCGCUUCUCAAGUCACGACUAGUAACGAAACACGAAAAAAUAUAACUGCGCCUUAUUCAAAAUCUUUAUCGCCGAGAACUAAAAUUCGCUUGACAAGCAAUAGUGUAAAUAAUCAAAACCUCAAAGUUAGUAAUUAUAAUGUUUCAAUUCACAAAAACACAAUGAUAAAUGACGCGACACAACAAAUGAACAAUGAACCUCCAAUUGAUUUUGCAAUAACGAAUAACAAUUCAGUAAUUGAUACGUCUUCUAUAAAGUCGAGCAACUUGAAAGUUUUACAUCGCCCUAAUAAAAACGCUGUUCGGGCUCAUGCUCAACCCUAUGGUAAAUCUCCAAAAUAUGCAAAUAGGAGAUUAACGGAAGAAACUCAGACUAAUGAGAGAAUGGAAGAUGUGACUUGGACGCCGCCUAUACUCUCAAAUAUAAUUGAAUAUAGCUUCUCAAAUAAUCACAACGUUAACGAGAAUCCCAGCACAUCCUUUACCGAAUUUUUACUCGAUAAUGGACCUCUGUUGCAGGAUAUUCCAUUUCUACUCGAUCAAUUUAGUAAUCCUUGUUAUUCCAAUAAUGAUGACGAGUUAAUAUAUACGAACCUUAUAAUCGAUCCUACUUCGAACAUUAACAUCAAACAAACAAACACUUUUGAUGCUACUCAAAUUCCGUGCCCUUUACCUUAUCCCAAAAUUUCUGAAUUAUCAAAUUCAAGUUUGCCAUUGAUUAUCAACCAGGAAAAUAUAUAUCAAAAAACCAUCCCUGAACAUAAUCUUCAGACCCAAACACAGGAUAACUUUCAAUCUGCUGAACUUCAAAACUUAGAAUUAAACAAUGCUAAUCCAAACAUGAAUUCACAAUUUUAUUGUCAACAAACACAACUUUUGACAAUUCCCAACGUCAUCCACGAUGGUUUUAUUAAUACCCCUUUGGAAAACUACAUCAUUUAUCAGGAUAAUAUUACACCUUCCUUGCAUUUUUAUCCAACAUCUAACCAAUAA